AUGCCCCACAAACACAAACGACGGCAAAGAGACGAUGAGUAUGAAACCCUCAACCGUACGAACCUAGGUAAUAAUCUCCAUUCUAACCAAUGUCUUCUCAUCUACAGCGACAACUUUGACCUUCCCCCGACAAAGAUCGCAAAGCCCCUCCCGGCAUUUAUCAGUAAUGGAGACUCCAAAGAAACCUCAAACAAACGGCGCCAGUCGAAAAAGUCCGUCCAGAACCCCUUCAUAGAUGAUACCCCGAAAGCAUUUAUGCGCAUGAUGCAGCAGUUUCAAAAAGCCACCUCUUCAAGCGCCCCGCGCACUCCAUCCUGGCAGGAAGAUGGCGGGACGAAGUCCAAUAGGCAACGUAAAAGGGGAGGAGAACGUGAAGUUGGCGCACUGAUUGCAAAUACAACGACAUCUUCGCAAUCGCAACCUGCUUCCUCCUCUUAUUCUAUUCCGAAAAUCCUCCCCGGUGAGCGCAUGUCCGAUUUCGCUGCACGUGUCGACCAAGCUCUACCCCUGUCCGGCAUCUCGAAGAAAUCUGGCACGUCAAGCAUAAGCAAGGAUCCUGCGCUGAAGAACCUGCGAGAACAAAGACAGACAAAACAUGAGCGGAGACUUCUGCGUCUACAGCGGGAAUGGAGAGCCGAAGAAGCGCGGAUUAGGGAGCGGGAAGAGGCUGAGCGCGAGGAAAGGGAGGCGGAGCAGGACGAGGUCAAUGAGCAGUGGAAGGCGUGGGAGGAGGAGGCGGGCUUGACGAAGAAGAAAAAGAAGGCUGCAGCGAAGACUAGGAAGAAUAAGAAGAACAAUACAAGGAAAGGGAAAGCUGGUCUGUUGGAUGGGAAUGCAAGUGAUCGCGACACCGAGGGCAACGACAACGAAGGUGACGACGACAACGACGAUGAUGACGAUCCAUGGGCUAAGCUUAAUCGAAAAGCGAAGGCUAUGCAGCCUGUUAAUCCGUUUGAGGUUGUCCAGGCUCCUCCUGCACAGUUGACGAAGCCGAAGGAGAAGUUCAAGAUGAGAGGCGUGGGUGGUGCGGUGGUCAAUGUUGCCAACGUUCCGGCGGCAGCGGGGAGUCUGCGGGCCAGAGAGGAGCUUGCGGAACACAGGCAAAGUAUUGUGGAUGAGUAUAGGAAAAUGAUCGCAACCAAGAGGGGGUAA